AUGGACAUUGGAUCAGCUAUGUCUGUUGUCCAAACUCUAUUUACAGCAUGUUCAGAACUUAAAGAAAUAUGCUCCUACUUUGGCUACGAAUCUCAACUUGCUGACCUCCAACGUACAGUUUCCACUGUCAAGGCUGUGCUUCUUGAUGCAGAGACCAAGCUAGAGCUCUCCAAUGAAGCACAGUUGUGGAUUGAAGAACUCAAGGAUGCUAUCUAUAAUGCUGAUGAUCUAUUCGAUAAGUUCGUCACUCUCACUGAGCAAAAGCAGAGGCAUGUCAUGGAGGGUGGUAAAGCCUCUAAGAAGGUUCGUCGCUUCUUUUCUCGUCAUAAUCCUUUUAGUUUUGCAUACAAUAUGUCUCAAGAGGUUAAGAAGAUUAGGGAGGAGAUUGAUGCUAUUGCCAUCAAUCAUACUAAGUUUGGCUUCUUAAGUCUUGACUCUCAACCUAUGAAGAAGAGAAGGGAGGAUACUUGUUCUUAUGUUUAUGAGGAUAAUAUUAUUGGGAGGGAGAAUGAUGUAGACGAGAUCGUAGGUGUCUUGCUAGAUAGUAAUAAUGUUGAACGCAAUGUUUCUUUCCUUUCUGUUGUCGGCGUAGGAGGGUUGGGGAAAACAGCUCUUGCUCAGCUUGUGUUUAAUGAUGCAAGGGUCUUAGGUGCCUUUCCAUUGAGGUUAUGGACUUGUGUAUCUGAUCAUGAUCAGAAGCAGUUAGAUGUCGAAGGGAUUCUUCGUAAGAUUCUAGCUUCGAUUACUGGUCACCAGCCUGAUGGAUCCACCAAGGAAUGGGUGCAAAGCCAGGUUCGAGAGAAACUAGCGAGCAACAAAUGCUUGCUUGUUUUAGAUGAUGUUUGGACCGAGAACCGCAAUCACUGGCUUAAUUUGGUCCAGUUCUUGUUAGGAGCUCAAAUGCAAAGUUGGGUUUUAGUAACUACACGUUCACAGGAGACUGCAAGAAUUAUAGGAGAUGUUUUUUCGCAUAAGCUGCAAGGACUGUCAAAUGAGAAUUCUUGGCGUUUGUUUAAAAAAGUAGCCUUUGGAUCGGAACAAUCAGGCCAUCAUGAUGAUGAUUUGGUUAAAAUGGGGCAAGAGAUUGCUAAAGGGUGUGCUGGAGUCCCUCUCGCUUUGAGAGUAGUAGGGAGUCUUCUGUAUGGGCAAGAGAAUAGUAAGUGGCUAUCGGUUCAGGAGAUAGGGUUAGCCAACGUAAGAGAAUGCCAAGAUGACAUAAUGCCUAUAUUGAAGCUAAGCUACAAUAAUCUGGAGUCCCCUCUACAGAGUUGCUUCAGUUAUUGUUCUUUGUUUCCUAAAGAUUUUCGUAUUGAGAAGGAAAUGUUGAUUAGCAUGUGGUUGGCACAAGGCUACAUUGUUUUAUCAGAUGAACAUCAAAGCUGCAAAGAAGUUGUUGCGAAGGAGUAUUUUUCUAUUUUGUUGCGCAGAUGUUUUUUCCAAGAUGUGUCAAAAGAUGAAUUAGGUGAGAUUAGUACAUGUAAGAUACAUGAUUUGAUGCACGAUAUUGCUCAGAAGGUAGCAGGAAAGGAGAUUUGCGUAAGUGAUUGUAUCAACGAAAACAUGCAUAAAAAAGUUCGGCAUCUAGUCCUUAAGAGAAGUGAAUCUAAAAGAAAUAUUUUUACUAAGACCCAUAUUCGUUCGUAUCUCCAGGUUGGAUGGAGGUUCAACAGGCCCAUGAUGGAUCAGCUCUAUUUGGAAGCAUUGAUAUCGAAUUUCACGUGCAUAAGGGUAUUGGACCUGAGUAGGUCAAACAUUAAAAGCUUGCCAAGCAGAAUAGGCGAACUGCUACAUUUAAGGUACUUAGAUCUCUCAGGUAAUAUGGAAUUAGAAGUGCUUCCCACGUCAAUUAAAAAAUUGUAUAAUCUGGAGACCUUAAGCUUGACUUACUGCGAGAAAUUGAAAGAGCUCCCAAAACAUAUAAGCAAACUGGUUAAGCUUAGGGUUCUAGAUAUUACGGGAUGUCAUAAUAUGAAUUAUAUGCCUGCUGGGUUGGGUAUGUUAACCAACCUUCAUAGCCUACCAGAGUUUGUGUUGCGUGAAGCUAGUUCAAAUUGUAAGCAGUGGUUUGAUCAUUUGGAAGACUUAAAAGCUCUCAAGAAGCUGAAUGGUAGUCUACACUUUAGAAUCCAAUUCCCCAAAAAUGCUCAGAUAGAUAGUAAAAGGGAAGGUGGAUACCUGAAGGACAAGGAACAUCUUAAGUGUGCUUAUUUUACUUUCCGUGUAACAGGGGUUGACGGAAGGCUAAAAGAUAAUGAAGAAGCAUUAAUGGAAGACAUGCAGCCGCAUUGUAAUCUCAAGAUAUUAUAUAUGUGGCGAUACCAUGGUGUCAGAAUGCCAAGUUGGGCAAAGUCACUGCAAAAUCUUGUUGACUUAAAACUUUCUGAGUGUCGGGAGUUGAAGCACCUGGCAUGUCUUGGAAACAUGCGUCAUCUGAAAGUCCUUAGACUUCUUGUGUUGCCUAAUUUGGAGUACAUAAUUGAAAAUUGUAGUGCAUCACAUUUGGCCCGAGCUGUACUGCCAAAUGCAGAAGGCUUGUCAGUCCUUCCCUCCCUUGAACGGAUUGAUUUUUAUGAUUUGCCAAAACUGAAAGGAUGGGUAGCAGAUGGUCAUCAGCUUGAUUGUAGCAGCAGCAUGGAGAUGGAAUCAUUGCAAUUACUGUGUCUUUCAGGAUUAAAGUCAUGGAAAAUCAAUAAUUGCCGGGAGCUAAAAUUUAUUCCGUCGUGUCCCGGUUUGGUACGUUUAUCUUUUAAAGGUUUCAGCGAAAGACUCAGAAUAAUAAAGAUGGAUGGGCAAAGGGAUUUACCCUCUCCUACUACCAUUCCCAAAUUAAGAAAGGUUACAACAGACAACAUGACAUGGCUGAAAUCACUCCCCAUGGAGUCUUUUCAGAAGGUUGAAAGUAUGUCAAUAAAGGAGGACAAGAAGUUGGAGGGUUUGGGAGAAGUUGAGCAAGUGCUGCGUAGCUGCUCGUCUUCCUUGCGUGGCUUGCACAUUAGUUGUUGUGACAAUCUAAGUAGUGUAUGUGGAGGAUUAGAGCAUCUCACUUCCUUGGAGAGUUUAAAGAUAGUUGGAUGCCCUAAUCUGAAGUUAUCAGAAGAAGAAGAGAAAGAAGAUGGUGACGUCAUUAGCAUACCAUGGCGAUCAUUUCGUCACUCCCUCCACUUGUUGUAUUUCAAAGAUCUUCCACAACUGAUGGAUCUGCCUAAUUGGAUACAACACCUGACUGCGCUCGAUAACUUCAUGAUUGUGAAUUGCAAAGAAUUGAAUUCAUUGCCAUCUUGGAUGUCCAAACUCACCUCUCUCACUGAUCUUCGAAUUUUGAAGCUGCUUAAUAUCUCUAAGAUUGGUCAAGUUUACAGCAACAUCAAGUUCAUGGCUCAUAAAGACUUAAUUGAUCAUGGGAAAGUUGGUCUCAGUUCAAGGCUCAUUGAUGUUAUUCCUCCUCUUAAUUUUACCUCAAGUACCCAUAUGUGA